UCGAAUUUGAAUACACCAAACACCGGCUGAUGUGGCUCAAGUUCAAAGCUAAUGGCACUUCAUCAAGGUGUCUGCAGCUAUGGGGCAGGGACUCUCUGGAGCAAAGAGCAAGAUCGCUGGUGUUCUAGGCGGAGGCGGAACUGAAGGUGAUGCAGCUGCUUCAGGUGGCCGGUCACCCACUACUCCGGUUGAAGGCCAGUACACAGUGAAAGAGGCUUUGGAGCUGCAGAAGGCCUUAAAGGCUGCCUUUGCAGAAGACGCGUUUCAGAAACUUCUGAAGCAUGCGCAGGAUAGACACCCCAAGCGAGGGAUCCGUGGACAUGCUGAUCAGACAGCAUUUACCACUCAGCUUCAAGGUCUUUUACUCCAUGUCUACCGCCGUGUCCUUCCACAGACGCCUUGGUGCCUCCAAGCUGGAUGGGAUGGCUACAGAGAGAUGAUGAUGCGCAUGACUGCGGCCUCCGAGGAUCCUCGAGUUAUACAGGGACGAGAGGAUAUCAACAGGCUCCUUGGGCUACCACGGCACACGAUCAUUCAACCUCCGGCAGCUGAGCCGGUGUUUGUGGAGACUCCAGAUGGCUCUGGCAAUCAGGGUUUGUUUGGAGCCCCGAUGCUGAUUGAUGCUGAUGGGGACUACGCGCACGAGUUCUGGGAGGAAGACAAGGCAGGGCAGCUGGUUCUGGUCACUCCUCAAGUUGCGGCUAGUUUCGGCUGACCCGGAAAUGCGCAAUGCACUGGGUGCUGAGCUGCAAAAAGCAGCUCGCGCAGACACGACAUCACAAGAAUACUGGUCAAUGUGUAUUGGGC